CCUGCAGGAGCUGGAGGCCAUGAGCAGAUACACCAGCCCGGUGAACCCGGCCGUGUUCCCGCACCUCACCGUGGUGCUCCUGGCCAUCGGCAUGUUCUUCACUGCCUGGUUCUUCGUUUACGAGGUGACUUCUACCAAGUACACGCGAGACAUCUACAAGGAACUGCUCAUCUCCCUGGUGGCCUCUCUGUUCAUGGGCUUCGGGGUCCUGUUCCUGUUGCUGUGGGUCGGAAUCUACGUGUGAGGGCCAGCCGAGGGAG